UCUGGAGUAAAAACAGUAUCUGUUGGCCUACUGUGACCAGGUAUCCCCGCGCGCGCUCUCUCCAUCUCUCACUCGCGCUCUAAGCGGAAUCGCUCGGAGAUUGACAGAUUUAACAGUGAUGACGUCGAUUUCAACCAAGAUGAAACUCGCGUGCAAACCCGCAGCCUCAGUUAAAUAGGAGACGCUCAGACUGGCAGCACCGCGCGCUUUCUCGGGAUGCACGCGCGUCCGCACAACAUUUCUGCUGGGAAGUCAACAGAAGAAUGCAGUAGACUAGAGACCUCUCGCGUGAUACUGGACAUACUGAGGUCUUUUCCUGGACUUUAACGGAAUUCCGGGGGCGACAGUUUAUGUAGCUCGAGGCUCGUGCGUGGAUGUGUGAAUACAAGCGGCCAGUCGCCUGUUAAAUAUUACGGGACGACCAGUGAGCGAGAGACUAUGCAGCGGUUAAUGGGGCACGAAGUGUCAGAUGCCGCGUUGAAACUCGCAUUGAACUUUAAUCUCUCCGAAUAGAAACCUGUCGCGCGAGCAGUUUCCACACAUAUCAGCUUUUCCGCAUGGAAAGUGUCCUUACCGAGCAUCCUGUUCUUCCUGAGAAUAAGGGAAUGUUUAUUGCGUGUUGAGUCGGGAUGGAUGUGCUGUUGUAAACGCAUCAGGUCAUCAGAGAGAUGCAGCAUCUUCGUGUGGCGUGGGCGCUCGCGGGAGCGGCGGUGGGCUUUUUUCUGCUGUUCUUGAUUCAAGCGCAUUUCUUCGGCGAAGGUCAGCUGGUGGCGGGUACAUGUGAAAUCGUGACUCUGGACAGGGACAGCAGUCAGCCAAGGAGGACCAUCGCCCGGCAGACGGCCAGGUGUGCCUGCAGGAAGGGCCAGAUUGCCGGCACUACCAGAGCCAGUCCAGCAUGUGUGGAUGCACAUAUUGUCAGGAGCAGACAGUGGUGUGAGAUGAUGCCUUGUUUGGAUGACGAAGGCUGUGACCUAUUGGUAAACAGAACGGGCUGGACGUGUGCACAGCCGGGAGGCCGAGUGAAAACAACCACAGUAUCCUGACGCCAGUGGGGGAUGAUUUUCCCAAGAGAGGUGCAAUGUAUGGAAGAACCUCGUCAUUCUCCAAAGCUACAGCGGGGCGGGGGAGGGGAGCAUUCAUCAUAGUCCUGUUAGCCCUGUCUGUCAGUCUCUCCAUUAGUCCUUCAGUCUCAUAAGAUAAGGGGUGAGGACCUCUAGUCAUGGAGUUUACGUGGACCGUGAGGAAAGGAUCCCCCUGUGCUGUCAAUCAGAGUUGGAACGGGCCAACGCUUCAUUUGCCGACACCGAAACUGGCAUGGAGGAUGCAGGAUAGUUCGCGACUUGGAUCGUGAAACGUGUAAGGAUCUAUCAAAAUUUUACAGACCAAAGAAAUACAAUUUCUGUGGGAAAGGAUUUCCAAUAUGAACACAAAACACACACAUCAGCUGCUUCAGCUUCAAGAAACGCAAGCAAAAAAACACAUACCUGAGCUUUGUAAGGAGUUUUUCCAACUGAGCACACGCAAAAUGGACAACAAAGACGUUUGCGGCGAAACUGUUUGACUUUUCUUCGAUUGUAGAUCUGCUGCCAUUGUUGUGUAAUGGACUGAAAUCAGUCAGGAUUUGGAAACGUAGCGAGUGUGGCAGACAAUUUGUCAUUACCUACCUGACCUGAAGAGACUAGCAGAGACUUGCGCUUUGGGAGAAACCAUCUUAUGUAUUUUCAGAGUCAUAAAGUUAUAUAUAUAUUUAACAGUUUUAUAUGAUGUACCUUUGUAGCAAACCUUAUUUAACACUGACAAUGUGAUCCUAUUCAUAAAGGGUGAAUUGAAAAACGUUAUGUCCUGGAAAGUUAUUUCCGCAUAGCUUUCAUCGCGAAGGAAAAUAGUGUACUUGUGUAUUUGUGAGUAAACUUUUGUUUUGUAACAACAUUCAACAAUAUACACGCACAUAAAAAGCAACUGUAACCCACCUUGACAAGGUUAUUUACAUCAGUAUACAGCUAUGGGUCAAUUGUGUUUUACCGCAGAGAUUGUACACUGGUAAAUUCAUCUUAUAAAAA